AUGCGUACUACUCUCGCUAUUGCCUUCAUGGCCCCGGCCGUAAUGGCCCAGUCCGCUCUUUCAUCUGGCGUCUUGUCUUCCGCUACUCCCAUUAAUUCGGGCACCGGCGUCACUUCUCGGCCGGCGAACUCAACCGGUAUCUGGGGCACAGGCGGUCCCGUGACCCCUCCAGCUACCAUUACGGCGACGUACACGGCCACUAUCACUCAUACCGUCACUUCCUGCCCUCCGGGCGUCAAGCCAUGCGCCGUUGGCUCCAUCACCACGGUUGUCACAACGGUCACCACGACCUACUGCCCCGAGACACCCGCCCCGAGUCCUUGCCCUGGCGGCAAAUGUCCCGGCAAGCCCUGCCACGGCGAGAACUGCGGCAACAAGUGGGUUUGCUACGGCAACUACUGCGCCUGGGACUCUCCUUGCCACGGCGACGACUGUAACCGUUGCCUCCUCUGCGCAGACGGGAAGUGCCAACCCAAGCCCUGCACCGGAGACGACUGCGGCAAGAUCAUCAUCUGCAAGGGUGACUCCUGCAGAUACCGCAAGUGCCACGGCGAAGACUGCAACAAAGACAAGAUCGUCUGCCACGGCGACGAGUGCAAGUCUGAGAAGUGUCACGGAAACGAGUGCGACAAGAAGUACGUCUGCAAGGACGGUAGCUGCAAGCACGAGGACUGUCCUCCUGAGGAGAACAACACGCACCACGACUGCAAGGGUGACAAGUGUGAGGUCAUUCACGAGUGCGAGGGUGAGGAUUGUCCCAAGCCUCAUCCUCCUCCGGUCAACCCUCCCCAUCCUACGCCAUCUGGUGCUGUGCCUCCUCAUCAACCGCCUGCCAGCAACCCGCCUCACCAACCUCCCGUCAAGCCGUCUGAGCCUCCCGCUCACCCGCCUCAAGAGACUCAGUCUCAAGGUGUCCCGCCUCAUGUUCCCGAACAUACCUCCUCGAGCCCACCGGAGCACACUCCCGUCCAGCCUCCUCAUGAGUCGCCUGCCGAGCCUUCUCAGAAGCCGUCUCGCGACUCGCCCCAGCAACCUUCUCACACUCCCAUCGCACCCAGCCAGCACCCGACGCCUGCCGGGCCUUCGGAACCCGGACGUCCCUCGCACUCUGUUGUCGUUGCUGGGUCUGGCAAGUCGGCAUCCACUUCUGGGUUUGCCAUGUUGGCUAUUAGUGCCGUGGUCGCUGCAGCUCUCCUUUGA